GAUAUGAAAGUCUUACGGAAAAAAAAAAGAAAAAAUACAUAAACUUUGUUACAAUAGGCAUAAAUUCAGCGACACAUGUGCGAAAUUAUUUGUCUCAAAUUCUUUUUAUGAUUAUUAUUACAAUAAUGGAUCGAAUCAAAAUUACUUCGAAAACUCAAUUGAAAAUGUAUUGAAAUUGCAAAAUUUUGCAAGAGAAUUCAGUGGUAAUAUCGAUGAUUAUGUAGAUUUAUUGAUAGAAAAUGAAAUUAAUUUUGAACGUAUACAUGAGCCUAUAGAUGAGCUGAAAUAUAUGUUUUAUAUUGAGGAGAUUAAAUACUUGUUAACACAUUUUCCACAGGAUCGCAAAUCAAUCGAAAGUUUUUGCAAUAUAGAAAUGUCUCACUAUGCGAAGCUAUCCUCGAUAGGAAAUGAGUUGGACAGAUAUACACAGAAACUUGAAAGAGAACAGCUUUUUGAAGAAACAUGUACUUUCAUAGCACAACAAAUUCAACCUCGAAAAGAUGUAUGUUACACGAAUGUAAGUGCACCAUUGGAUACAAUCGCACAAGAAGUACGAAAUCGUCUCAGAGAGAAGCAUCCGAACCAUUCGAUAUUCUCCACGUCUGAAGAAACUUUUUCUUCUUGGAAAACCAACAAUAUCAAAGAUAAUCAUUGGGACCAAACAGAAAGUAUGCAGAUUAUGGAUACACUUCAGGAAUAUAUAUUUGACACUUUGAACUUUCGAGUAUGUAUCCUCGUACCCGAAGAUAUCAAAUGUUUGUGUAUAGAUUAUGUUUUACAAAGUAAAUAUGGUAAAGAUGUCAUUCUAUAUACAAUAUUUAAUAGCGUGGCUAGAAGACUUGGUCUACGUUGCGAUGUAAUAAAUAUUGAAAAUGAUUUUUGUGUAUUUUGGAAACCAAAAUUCGUCACGAAUAAUUUAGAAAAUGCAAGAUGUUUUUACACAGAAAACGAGAAAUUCCCGAAUUGUCUUCAUGAUUCUCUACCAGAUUACAAGUAUUGUAAAGCACAUCAUUACGUCUUAAAAAUAAGAACUAAAGAGAUAUUGACCAUGAUAAGAACUUUAGUUAAAAGGUUUAUAAAAAACCAUAAAAUAAUGAAUUUGGGAUUAGUCAAACUGAAAUGUAAAGUGUAAAAACAUACGCGCACUAGCAUAUUAGUAUAUAACAUAUACCAUUGUAAAAAUAAAGAGCAUUGUGAGAUAUUUUCAGAUAACAAUUAUGUAUAAUUUACAAUUUUCUAUAAUUUUACGUGUUUUAAGUGUCUAUUGAGGCAUUUAUUCACAAAAAAUCAAUCAAAGUAAAAAUUUUACUGUCUUAUUUUAA